AUCCCAUGACAGCUGAUCCUGCCCCAGCCGAUCCCAGCCCAGCCCACAGAUCCCGUUACAGCCGAUCCCGGCGCAGCCAAUAGAUCCCGACCCCGGGCCAUGGUCCCCGAGGUGCCCGCCGAGCUGUCGCGGCUCCUCCUCCCGGCCGCGCUGUCCCUGGCGCUGCUGCUGCUGCUGCUCGGCUGCCUCCCGCACCCGGCGCGGGGACCCGCAGCCAAGAAGAUGGCGCAGCAGCCGGUGGGACACGGCCACACCGAGAACAUGGGCGCCGGCAAAGCCAUCGCCGUCCUCACCUCGGGGGGGGACGCCCAGGGCAUGAACGCGGCCGUGCGCGCCGUGGUGCGCGUCGGCAUCUACACCGGCGCCAAGGUCUAUUUUGUGCACGAGGGCUACCAGGGGCUGGUGGACGGCGGGGACAACAUCAAGGAGGCCACAUGGGAGAGCGUGUCCAUGAUGCUGCAGCUGGGGGGGACGGUGAUCGGCAGCGCGCGCUGCCAGGAUUUCCGCACGCGGGAGGGGCGCCUGAAAGCCGCCCGCAACCUGGUGAAGCGCGGCAUCACCAACCUGUGCGUGAUCGGCGGCGACGGCAGCCUCACCGGCGCCGACACCUUCCGCGCCGAGUGGAGCAGCCUCCUGGGAGAGCUGCUCAAAGUGGGGGGGAUCACGGCGGAGGAGGCGAAGAAGUCGAGUCACCUGAACAUCGUGGGGAUGGUGGGUUCCAUUGACAACGACUUCUGCGGCACCGACAUGACCAUCGGCACCGACUCGGCGCUGCACCGCAUCAUGGAGAUCGUGGACGCCAUCACCACCACGGCGCAGAGCCACCAGCGGACGUUCGUGCUGGAAGUGAUGGGGCGGCACUGCGGCUACCUGGCGCUCAUCACCGCCCUGGCCUGCGGCGCCGACUGGGUUUUCAUCCCCGAGUCCCCCCCUGAGGACGACUGGGAGGACCAUUUGUGCCGGCGGCUGACGGAGACCCGCCUGGGCGGCUCGAGGCUGAACAUCAUCAUCGUGGCCGAGGGCGCCAUCGACAAGCACGGCAAAGCCAUCACCUCCGAGGACAUCAAAACCCUGGUGGUGAAGCGGUUGGGAUACGACACGCGUGUCACCAUCCUGGGCCACGUCCAGCGCGGCGGGACGCCCUCCGCCUUCGACCGCAUCCUGGGCAGCCGGAUGGGGGUUGAAGCCGUCAUGGCGCUGCUGGAGGGGAGCCCGGAGACGCCCGCGUGCGUCGUCAGCCUGUCGGGGAACCAGGCGGUGCGGCUGCCGCUCAUGGAGUGCGUGCAGGUGACCAAAGACGUGACGACGGCGAUGAACGAGGGACGCUUCGACGACGCCCUGAAGCUGCGGGGCCGGAGCUUCCAAAACAACUGGAAUGUCUAUAAGCUGCUGGCGCACAUCCGCCCUCCCUCCACCAAGAGCGGUUACACGCUGGCCGUGCUCAACGUGGGCGCCCCGGCCGCCGGCAUGAACGCGGCCGUGCGCUCCACCGUGCGCAUCGGGCUCAUCCACGGCCACCGGAUGCUGGCGGUGCACGACGGCUUCGAGGGGCUCGCCUACGGCAUGAUAGAAGAGAUCGGCUGGGAUCGGGUCGGCCCCUGGACCGGGCUGGGAGGAUCCAAACUGGGGACAAAGAGGACUUUGCCUAAGAAAUACUUUGAGGAAAUCAGCAACAACAUCAACAGCUUCGGCAUCCACGGGCUCAUCAUCAUCGGCGGCUUUGAGGCCUUCACGGGCAGCCUGGAGCUGGUGGAGGGCAGAGCCAAGUUCGAGGAGCUCUGCAUCCCGCUCUGCGUCAUCCCCGCCACCGUCUCCAACAACGUCCCCGGCUCCGACUUCAGCAUCGGCGCCGACACCGCGCUCAACACCAUCACCACGACCUGCGACCGCAUCAAGCAGUCGGCGGCCGGGACCAAGCGCCGCGUCUUCAUCAUCGAGACCAUGGGCGGCUUCUGCGGCUACUUGGCCACCAUGGCGGGGCUGGCGGGCGGCGCCGACGCCGCCUACAUCUACGAGGAGCGUUUCAACAUCCACGAUCUGCAGGUCAACGUGGAGCAUUUAACGGAGAAGAUGAAGACGACGGUGAAGAGGGGGCUGGUGCUCAGGAACGAGCGGUGCAACGAGAACUACACCACCGACUUCAUCUACAACCUCUACUCGGAGGAGGGCAAGGGCAUCUUCGACUGCCGCAAAAACGUGCUGGGGCACAUGCAGCAGGGCGGCACCCCGACCCCCUUCGACAGGAAUUUCGGCACCAAGAUGGGCGCCAAGGCGGUGGCCUGGAUCACCGGGAAGAUCAAGGAGUGCUCCCGGCACGGUCGGAUCUUCGCCAACACGGCCGACUCGGCCUGCCUGCUGGGCAUGCGCAAGCGCAGCCUCGUCUUCCAGCCCCUCGCCGACCUCAAGGAGCAGACGGAUUUCGAGCACCGCCUCCCCAAGGAGCAAUGGUGGCUGAGGCUUCGCCCCAUCCUCAAAAUCUUGGCCAAGUACAACAUCGAGCUGGACACGUCGGAGAAAGCGCACCUGGAGCACGUCACGCGCAAGAGGAUCUCCCUCGAGUCCAACAUCUGAGGCGCCGGCGCCUCGGGGAACCCCAAAACCAAGCGCUCCCCGCUUCGCCUCGCGCCCCCGGGACGCCGGGCAGCACCGCCGCGGGGAAAGAGCCCUCUUCCCAAAUCAAAGCGUUUCCUCGGGGCAAGAUUGGGGUCGGUUUAAGGGUUUUAUGGGCUUUUUAAACAGAAAAGCGGUUCCCCGAGCGCUGCGGUGGGCUGGGGUAAGUGCUUUGGGUAGAGCCCCUCGGGCAGCACUUUAGCCUUAAAAAUUCAGAGUUAAGAUGCUUCAAUAAAUUCAUUGCUCGCUCGCGGCGGCAAAUGCGUC